AUGGUGUGUGAACUCGCGGGCGAGUGCGCCGUGGUGCCGACGGUGCACAACGUGGUCGCGGGGGGCAAGCUGAGCGUGCCGCUGGACACAGAGGAGCUGUCCCGAAAACUGAAAGCCGUGAGGUUCGACGAGCGCGCGAAGGCCGCGGUGUUCAAGGUAGCGGUGGCGACGGUGCGGGUGUACCGCACAGGGCGCGUCUCCGUCGCAGGCGCGAAGAGCGAGGCGGGGGCGAGGGAGGCCGCGGACGCAGUGGUCCAGAGGGUGCGGGAGACAGUCCCCCCCUCGAAGCAACAGGACGUGGCGCUGAGGGACUUCCGCGUCUCGAGCGUCGCAGCGACGGGGGCAGUCGGGUUCCCCCUGCGCCUCGAGGCCGUCAGGCUCGUGCACCCGUCGCAGUGCACGUACGUUCCGGAAGUGAACCCUGCGGCGACCUUCAAGCUCGAGUCCCCCAAAGUGACUGCGCGGCUCUUCGUGAGCGGAAAGGUCACGAUCCUGGGCGCCAAGUCCGAGAGCGCGGUGCACGACGCGUACCGCCAGCUGCAGCCCCUGCUCAAGGAAUACGAAAUGGUGCGCUACCGCUAG